CCCCAGCCAGCAGCGGUGGAGGCGGCGGCCGAGGGCUGCCGGAGCCGAGCAAGGAGCAGCCAGGGCGGGGGAAGAGGAGCUCGGGUGGGCGGCCAGCCGGGGAGCGCAGCGCCGCGCUCGCGACGACCCCCCAUGAGAGGGGGGGUUCUUGCCCCUCCCGGAUCCCCCAGCCUCCCGCCCGGGCUGAGCACUCAGCGCCCCCUCCCCCCGAUUAGUCCCGGACCCAGACCCGCCUCCCUCCCCUCCCCGGCGGCAGCGUCCAGGUGCGGAGUUCAAACCAGAGCGCAAUGGCGUCCAACACGGCGGAGAGGGAGAUUCUCCUCACCGACCUCCAGGGGGAUGCCCGAAAUCUUCUAGUCUCGGAAAAUGUAAGCAUUGGCCAAAAAUUGGACUUCUCAGACACAAUGGUACAACAGAAGUUGGAUGAAAUAAAGGACCAAAUCAAACGUGAAAUAAGGAAGGAACUUAAAAUCAAGGAAGGAGCAGAGAACCUGAGAAAGGUCACAACAGAUAAAAAAAACUUGGCUUACGUGGACAACAUUUUGAAAAAAUCAAACAAGAAAUUGGAAGAAUUGCAUCAUAAAUUACAGGAAUUAAACGCGCACAUUGUUGUAACAGAUCCAGAAGAUGUUACAGAGUGUCCCAGAACACCAGAUACUCCAAACAGUGACCCUCGUUUUUCUACGAACAACAGAUUGAUGGUCCUAAAAAAGCAAUUGGAUAUAGAACUGAAGGUAAAGCAGGGAGCAGAGAAUAUGAUACAAAUGUAUUCAAAUGGCUCUUCAAAGGAUCGAAAACUUCUUGCUACAGCUCAACAGAUGCUCCAGGACAGCAAGACGAAAAUAGAAGUCAUAAGGAUGCAGAUUCUUCAGGCAGUCCAGACCAAUGAAUUGGCUUUUGAUAAUGCAAAACCUGUGAUAAGCCCUCUUGAGCUUCGAAUGGAAGAACUGCGGCAUCAUUUUAGGAUAGAGUAUGCAGUAGCAGAAGGUGCAAAGAACGUGAUGAAAUUGCUUGGCUCUGGAAAAGUUACCGACAGAAAAGCACUUUCAGAAGCUCAAGCAAGAUUUAAUGAAUCAAGCCAGAAGCUGGACCUCUUAAAGUAUUCAUUAGAACAAAGACUGAAUGAACUUCCUAAAAACCAUCCCAAAAGCAGUAUCAUUAUAGAGGAGCUUUCAUUGGUCUCUUCACCAACACUAAGUCCACGUCAGAGUAUAAUAUCUACACAGAACCAGUAUAGUACACUAUCCAAACCAGCAGCUUUAACAGGUACUUUAGAAGUAAGGCUCAUGGGUUGCCAAGAUAUUCUGGAAAACGUCCCUGGUCGAUCAAAAGCUACAUCAAUUACUCUACCUGGUUGGAGUCCAAGUGAAGCCAGAUCAUCUUUCAUGAGCAGAACAAGCAAAAGUAAAAGUGGGAGUAGUCGAAACCUUUUGAAAACAGAUGACUUGUCCAAUGAAAUCUGUGCUGUAUUGAAGCUGGACAACACUGUGGUUGGUCAAACUAGCUGGAAGCCUAUUUCCAAUCAGUCAUGGGAUCAGAAGUUUACACUGGAACUAGACAGGUCACGUGAAUUAGAAAUUUCAGUUUAUUGGCGUGAUUGGAGGUCUCUGUGCGCAGUGAAGUUUCUGAGAUUAGAAGAUUUCUUAGACAACCAGCGACAUGGCAUGUGUCUCUAUCUUGAACCACAGGGUACUCUAUUUGCUGAGGUUACAUUUUUUAAUCCAGUUAUUGAAAGAAGACCAAAACUCCAGAGACAAAAGAAAAUUUUUUCAAAACAACAAGGCAAAACAUUUCUCAGAGCUCCUCAAAUGAAUAUUAAUAUUGCCACUUGGGGAAGGCUGGUGAGAAGAGCUAUUCCUACAGUAAAUCAUUCUGGUACCUUCAGCCCUCAAGCUUCUGUGCCUGCUACAGUGCCAGUGGUUGAUACAUGCAUUCCUGAACUAGCACGGUCAGCUAGUGAUUCUCCUGUAGCCAAAUUGGACUUUGAACUUGAACCUGAACCUCCGCCUGCUCCACCCCGUGCAUCGUCCCUUGGAGAAAUAUGUGACUCUUCAUCUGAGAAAAAGGGACCAGAUACACCCGUUCAGGAUGCAGAAACUACUUUUGAUUUUGAAAAUGAGAGAGAGAGUAAUGUUUCAAAACUCCAACCUGAAAUAAUUUGUGAGCCUGAAAUUCCACACACAGACAUAAAGAGUACCAACAUACGAGAGCCUGAAGAUAGAAGAACACAAAGAUUUCAAUUUAGUCUGCAAGAUUUUAGGUGUUGUGCUGUACUGGGUAGAGGUCAUUUUGGAAAGGUGCUGCUGGCUGAAUACAAAAACACAAAUGAGAUGUUUGCUAUUAAAGCGUUAAAGAAAGGAGACAUUGUUGCUCGUGAUGAAGUAGACAGCCUUAUGUGUGAAAAGCGAAUUUUUGAAACUGUGAAUAGUGUACGGCAUCCCUUUUUGGUGAACCUUUUUGCUUGUUUCCAAACCAAAGAUCACGUUUGCUUUGUAAUGGAAUAUGCUGCUGGUGGAGACCUGAUGAUGCACAUUCAUACUGAUGUCUUUUCUGAACCAAGAGCAGUAUUUUAUGCUGCGUGUGUGGUUCUUGGACUCCAGUAUUUACAUGAGCACAAAAUAGUUUAUAGAGAUUUGAAGUUGGAUAACUUGUUGUUGGAUACAGAAGGAUUUGUGAAAAUAGCCGACUUUGGUCUUUGCAAAGAAGGAAUGGGAUUUGGAGAUAGAACAAGCACCUUCUGUGGCACUCCAGAAUUUCUUGCACCGGAAGUGUUGACAGAAACAUCCUACACAAGAGCUGUGGACUGGUGGGGUCUUGGUGUACUCAUCUAUGAGAUGCUAGUUGGGGAGUCACCCUUCCCUGGAGAUGAUGAAGAAGAGGUUUUUGACAGUAUUGUAAAUGAUGAAGUAAGAUAUCCACGGUUCCUUUCUACAGAAGCCAUCUCUAUAAUGAGAAGGCUGCUACGAAGAAAUCCAGAGCGGCGUCUUGGAGCUGGUGAGAAAGAUGCUGAGGAUGUGAAAAAGCAUCACUUCUUCCGGCUAAUAGAUUGGAAUGCUUUGCUGGCUAAGAAAGUGAAGCCCCCUUUUGUACCCACCAUUAGAGGAAGAGAAGAUGUUAGUAAUUUUGAUGAUGAAUUUACCUCAGAAGCACCUAUUCUCACUCCACCCCGGGAACCAAGGAUACUUUCAGAAGAAGAGCAGGAAACAUUCAGAGAUUUUGAUUACAUUGCUGAUUGGUGUUAAAUUUCUAGAUACUGUGAAAUCAUAGCUAACUGGCUCAGAAGAAUACCAGCCCUUCAAUUGCUCUCUGUGCCACCUGUAGCUUCUGAUUUUUAUUCACAUGAAGAUUCUUUAGUGUACUGUUUAAUACUCUUGUGAAGAGUGGCCUCCAUGUCAUAUUUUAUCUGAGCACUGGAAAGCAGUUCUAUAGCAUUUAAGCUGAGUUGGUGAAUACAGGCUACAUUAAGCUCUCACAUGGACACACUUGGAUCUGUACUGUAAUUUUUACUUUUCUACAGCAGAUAACAUUGUAAAAUACAUGCCUUAAGUGGGGGGGGAACAGAUUGAGCUAGAUUGAUAACCAUUUAACUUUUAUUCAGCCAUCUUAAAAUAGUUUGGGGUGCUGUUGACAUGAGAAUAUGGUUUUUAUCUGGAGAAGGCAAAUGGUCAGUUUUUAAAAAAAUUACUGUAAUGUCCAAAAAUGUUUAAUUUUAGACAUGCACACUUUCAGCUUGUUUUAAAAUGGAAAUUAAGAACUGAUGCCUUGUUUUGUAAAUUUUCUAUGGUAUUUAUUAGAAAAGUGUGUUAAAUGCCUUGCCUUUGUGAGAUACAGUAAAAGUGCUUCCAUAAAAACAAAAACAGACAGAUCCUGAAAGUUUACCAAAGCCACUUGCCAAACAGUUUUGCUUUUAAGAAUGGCUUAAA